CUAUCCGACGUAAAACACGCGGGAGUCGUUAGCGCUAAGUCGUCGGGCGUGAGCUUCAUUUGAAUCAUGAAAUUGUCCGGCCAACUGAGAAAUAAAAAACAUGAGGAUUAAUUACGUGAAAAGGCCUCCUGACUUUGCUAAUUCGUCAUUUUGAGGAACCAAUCCAUAGGAAAUAUCCAAAUUUCACAUACAGGAUGCCGAGGUUAAGACAAAUUCUGUUAGUUAUGGCGAUGUUGAUGUUGAUGAUGAUGGGCUACUCUUUUGGAGCAGAUGAUGAAAAUUCUACAAUAACAAGACCAAUGACGACUACAAUAGAAAAUGAAAAUUCGAUAAAUAUAACAACAACAGAAGCAACAAAAAAUACAACAUCGACAACAACUACUGAAUCAAUGUUAAUCAUAAAUAUAACAUCAUCGGAAACAACUAGUACUAUUGAGUAUACAGAAAUGCCAGAAAUAUUAACAAAAGAAAUGACAAAAAUCACAACUUUGUUACCAAGUACAAUAUUCGUUACUCAAAAUACUACUACAACUACUCCUGCUAGUAGUAGUACUACUACAAUUGAACCUCAACAAUCUUUUAAAGCAAGAAAUGAUUCCUUGAAUGUAGCGUGGGAAUGUCCUAAUAUAACGGGAGUCGGAAUCGAGUGUUCUUGCGAUUUUCCUCAUACACUCAGAUGCACAGGGGACAGAACUGGUCUGCAGACAAUUAGCCAACACUUGAGACACAAUCAUCUAGGCAUUUCUCUAUUGGACGUAACAGUCACAGGUAUAUCUACACUUCCAGCAAAUUUUUUGGAGGACAUUUCACUUCACGGUCUUGUUGUUUCCACCGGUGAAUUGCGAAGAGUUCACGAAAAUGCCUUCACAUCGCUAAAUAGACCACUUCAAGCUUUAGGAUUGCCUAAUAAUCUUUUGGAAUCAGUCCCAACUGCGGCUUUAUCACGUCUAAUUGGCUUAGACAGGCUGGAUCUGUCUCGAAAUAAAUUAAAAAUGUUGGAAGCUGAUUCAUUUGUCGGUUUGACAAACUUGACGUAUUUGGAUCUUUGCGAUAAUAUGUUGUCACAAUUGUCACCACAAGCAUUUUCAUCAUUGCCGGCUCUUCGAAAUUUAAAAAUGCGAGGCAAUCAUCUGAGCGUAUCAGCUCUUUCGGCUCUCAGAGGACUUAAAAAACUUGAAGAACUCGAUCUUUCUCGAAAUAUUCUCGUAGGAACUGUGAAUAAAAAUCUUCUUCCAAUUAUGCCGCGGCUCAGGACUCUCGUGCUUUCGGAAAAUGAAUUAACCAACAUUCAGCAAGGAGCACUUUCUGGAUUACGAAAUUUAACAUACUUGAGCCUCAGUCACAAUCAGAUUGACGUUUUGGAAGAUCAUGCAUUCAAACAUUUGUCUACAUUAAUGAGAUUGGAUUUAUCGAAUAAUGGAAUAAUUGCCGUCUCCAGUUUGUCUUUGGCUCAUUUAGAAAAUUUAACGAUGUUAGAUUUGACGCAUAAUUUUUUACGAUCUCUUACAUCGGAUUUGAUUUUGCCACUUAAAAAUUUACAGGACCUUCGUCUCGAUGACAAUGACAUUACUUUAGUUGCAAGCGAUGUACCAACAUAUAAAUUAAAAUUGAAACGACUAUCGCUUUCCGAUAAUCCUUUAAAUUGUGAUUGCACUCUUUUGGAUUUUGCAAAUUGGCUGACAAAUUCAAGUUUAGAAGAUGAAGAUAAACUUUCAGCCGUGUGCGCGACUCCACCAGCUUUGGAGAAUGGCAUUCUUGUCCAGGUAUCACCUGGAAGUCUACUUUGCGGUGAUCCAACUCCAUCGACGAGGCUUCCAGUUUCAAACGUUCAAAUAAUCCUCAAAGAAUUUCAUUACGACGAGUUAAAUGGAAUAAAUCUUCUUUGGAACAUAGAUCUUGGUACAAGUUAUUACACGUGCGAUACUCUGAUGAUUUACGAGACUGUUGGCGCCAAGGAGGAGCGCAUUGAAUCGAGUCCACUUCAUUGUGAUUCACGUUUAAUGAGAGAUCGAUUUACACUUCCGGUUGCAAUUCCUACGUCAAUUCAUUUACAAUUGAAACACAAAUAUCGCUAUUGUGUGGCAAUUUUAAUUCCUUCGGGUUAUGAUGAUAUUUCACUUGGUCUUGGUUGUAGUGAUGUUAUUGUUCUCGAGGAAACCAGAAGUCGACGAAAAGAUCAACAUCAAUUGAGCCAAAAUGAAGUUUCCCUGGCUGGCUCAACUCUUUUGAAAGCAGCCAUCACUGCAGUUCAUGUUAAUGUUUCCAAAGAGGGCUUUCUUCAGGUGGACGUCAGUUUAUCGCUUCCACCGGAAUUUCAGCCAGGCACCAAGUGUGAAUUGUCGGUUGUUGUUUUUGCAACGGAAAGUGCGUCAGUUCAUCGAAAAAAAAUGAAUUGUUCAUUGACAUUCAUAACUCUCUCGGGAUUAUUGCCGGGACACUAUAAAGUGUGUGCAAGUCUCGAUGAAAUUGCCGGUGAUACAUUAUCAAUUUCCAAUCACGAUCGAUAUCGUUGUGUACAAGUACAAACAUUUAAGCAAAAUUCAGAAAUUUGGUUUCUCAUUAUCGUCAUUGUUGUCAGUAUUUUUCUAUUGAUAAUCAUUUUGGUGAGUCGAAGUCUCAUGAAAAAACUUCGAAAUCCAAAGAUUCAAACUCAGUGUUUUAUGCCAACUCAGGAAUUUGAAAUCACUCAAAAGGCUCAUUAUAUUAAACUUCUGGCCACCACAAAAGUUUAAUUGUUGAAAAAAAUUUUUCUAUUCACCUCGCAAUCAUUUCAUAAAUGAAUUUUUCAUUUUAUUUAACAUCUUGAUAUAAUUAAUUUAAUUAAUUAAUACGAAUAAUAAUUUAAUUAAUUAGAUUGAGAUUUUUAUUUUCAAUUUAUAAUAAAUUUGCCGUGAAUGUAAAAUUUGAUUGAUCUUGAAAUUUUUCGUAAAUCAAAGUUAAAAUUCAAGAUAAUGGAAAAUUGUGUUUUUUUUAUACAUGUAAAUUAAGAAUGAACAUGUGCCAUAAGAUUGUUGCGAAAAGUAUUUGUUUUUUUAAAUGACGUUUUGUAAAUCAUUAAACAAAAUUUUCUAAUUAAAUUCUAAACCUAAGGUUUAAGAAAGAACAUAAAAACAUCGUGAUGAAAAAAAUGAAAUGAAAAAAAAGACGUAAGAACGUUUUAAUAAAAUAAAUAAAAAAAUCUUCUUAAAUAAUAAAAUACGUCUUACUGAAACGAAUGAGAGAAAUGCA